AUGACAGAAUAUGACUGUGUAAUUAUACCUGGAGGUGGGUUGAAUGAAUUUGGAGAACCGUCAAAAUGGGUUCAAGCUCGUUUAGAUCGUGCAAUUGAACUUGAUAAUCAAACAAAUUAUUUUCUUGUACUAAGUCGAGGUACUACACAUCGUCCACCGCUACUGGAUAAUCUUAAGUAUCCAAUUGAUGAAGCAACAGCAGGUGCAAAUUAUUUAAUGAGUCAUAAGAUUAAAAAAGAAAAAAUUUUAAUCGAAAAUUGGUCAUUAGACACUAUUGGAAACGCUUAUUUUAGUCUUGUUUGCAUAUGUGAACCUAUGCAAUUAAAAAGAUUAUGUAUAAUAACAAAUGAAUUUCAUAUUGAACGUACUAAAUUAAUAUUCGAUUGGCUAUAUCAUAUGAUCCACGAAAGUAUCUACCAUUUGACCUAUCUGACGGUAGAAAAUCAAGGAAUGACUGAUGAACAAUUGGUAGUUCGUGUACAAAAAGAAAAAAUAUCGUGUCAAGAUUUAAAAGAAAAAAUUAUUAAAUUGACCACACGUUCUGACGUAGCAAAAUUUCUUUUCUUAGAUCAUGCAGCUUAUGCAGCUAAUGUUCUUCAUACGAAAAAAAGUGACAUUGAUGAACUGACUGCUUCAACAUACUAA